AUGGCCUCGCCAUCCGAAGUCCCAUCCGAGCUUCUCGAGCACUUCGUUAAGUGCCGCGAAGAAUAUGACCGCGCUCUUGAAAGGCUCAAUGCCUUCACUCGACCAGCGGAGGGUGUUUUCCCGGCAACUUGGCUCCCGAAUUCGACAGGAGGUCCAUCACGAGUCCAGCCAGAAGUCAACGUCAUCAGCAGCGACGAACAUGUCAGCAACGGAGUGGACAGCGACGAAGAAGAUAGCGACGAGGAGGACAGCGAGGGAACGGAAAGCGAGGGAACGGACAGCGAGGGAACGGACAGCGACGAAGAGGAAGAUACACAGGAUCCUCGUCAUUCUGAGCAACAGCAACAAGCUGGACCAUCGAGAAUUCCUCUCACUCUCUUCAAGCACGUCUCUAGGAGCCACGAAGAAGACCACCGCACUCUAGCGAGCUGCCAGUCCACCCAUCGGUCAUCGCCAGCAGAGAAGAUCAUCUCUGAGCGGCUGCUUUGCGAGAAUUCAAUGGACGUGCUUCUGGAUCUUAUCCGCCAUCCUGGCGGUGGUAUCGCACCAGCGGCAAGUGCUUGCUUCGCGGGAUACAUCGAGAAAAACCCUGCUGUCCGGAUCAAGAUAUUUUCUGGACAAGCUGCUUUCGAUGAAGUACGCCAGGAUAUGCUCGCGAAGCUCACGCGGGCAGAUACUGCGUUCAGCAAAGACCCCAUCCUGAAAGAGUGGAACGAGCAGUGGCAGAAAGUGGACAAGUCAUACCCCAGAUAUCCGGAAUACUAUUUCCUCAUCGCGCGAUUGUUCGUCUAUGCGUUCAGCAUCGACCGAAACAAGUUCUGUCAUGACAUCGGCACCAAGCACCCAGACUCGCACAUAUGGUCCUGGUGUCGUGAAGCCUGGGUUCCGAGACAUCGUGUCAAGCACUGCUGGGAAUGCAAGAAUUGCUUCGACAACUCCUGGCAUUGUGAGAAGUGCGGAGUCUGCAAGACCGGCUCAGACUUUUCGUGCGAUGGGUGUGGUGGGUAUGCGUUUGCUAGUUGGCGGGCUGGACGGACGGACGGCAAAGCCAUAGACGCUGCACCGGACACUAGCGAUAGUCCUGCUGGAGCAGGUUCAUCGAAGAAGAGGCCUAGGAGACAGACCCUUGGCAACGAAGACGUAACUGAAACCUUCGUCGAGGCACCCCAAGAUGUGAUGACAUGCACAUGUAAUUGCAAGAACCGAUGUUCGACUCGCCGCUGCACCUGUCGCAAAUGGGGAGGUCGCUGCAAGGAAGGCUGCAAAUGUCGCAAAGAUAAAGCAGUGGAAGAAUCGCUCGGACCUGAGUGCCACAACCCAUUCGAGGAUGUUACUCGCAAGUUCUUCGGCGUAUACCAUCCGAACGUUCGUGCCAGCGACUGUUUCGUGUCUUUUGUUGAAAGGAAACUCAAGAAAGGACAACACUGCGACCCAUCAGAGAUGGCGAAAACUCUCCUGAACGCGGACGAUGGCAUCGUCUGGGACCCUGAAAUGAAUGACAUAGCUCCUAACCUUUCCGGAUGUCGAGAAAGACUGGCGGAUCUCCCUUCUGGCUCGGUGGAGCGAAAGGAACAUAUGCAAUUGCUCUUCCGCGGUGCACUUGGCGAAGGUGACGUCUACGAAGAAGACGGGAUAGGGAUGUAUAAAUGGAACUUCUGCGAGAGUCAGUGGUAUGAUGAGAACGGGCCAUUCACUCACUGUCCGACUUGUGGAAAGUGCGUUGCGGACGAUGAACAGUGGCAUUGCGGUGUGUGCCGAAGAUGUCGAUACAAUCGCCGCACGCCCUGCGAGAAAUGCGGCGGUAUCUCGAGAUCAUUGAAAGAGCACAAAGAAGCACAGAAGAAGCGUUUGGUGGAUGAGAAGAGAAGGAAAGAGAAAAAGAGGCAGAACAGGGACAUGAGUAGGGAGGAGAAGGAGCAGCUGAGAAGAAAUUGGAAACGACAAGUGAGCGAGGAGAGAGCGAGGCGGGAGGGAAGGCGAUAG